GUCAGCAGCACACGAAUAGUGCGCUAUUUGUUGCGUGACGCACGGCAUCGAUCGCAUACGUGGGAAACGAGACUUCUGCCGCCAAGAAGACCGCUCUAAUCCUGACGCGUCGGCAAGCAGCACCACAGCAAAGACCACACCGAGGGCUGCACGACGUCGCCGCAGCGAUCAUACAAAAAAGAAGUAGCGAACGAUGCACUGGAUGCUGGCCGCCCUCGCGGCAACGGCGGCCUUCCAGCCGCCGCAAGCGCAACUCACGCCGAGGCGGCCGCGCGCCACCUCGGCCGCCGACGAAGAAGGAUGGCGCUUCGAAGGAAGGUUCGUCUUCGCGCCGCAGCUGGUGAGAGUGCCCGACGACCCGCCCGACGCGUACAUAGUGAACGUCUUCGGCUGGACGCUCGGGGGUGUUGUUGCGCUCCAAUACGACUCGUCGCUCGUCGGCCCCUACUUGGAAUUCGUGGAGAUGGGCGCUUUGGUUGUGAGGAACGGUUGUAUCGGCCAGUGGGGUGCGCGGUUACUCGUUUCAAACGAGGAAGCGAAAGAGGCGUGCGAGGACGUGUGGCGCGUUCCCGCUGGGACACGCUCCCUCAACUAUAUUGAUGAGGGCGGCACGUUGGUUGUCGAAGGUGAUGAUGACUCCUCUAAAAUUCAUGGCUGGUCCCGCGUCAAGGGCGGCCUGCGGCUCUUUGGGUGGCGGUCGCCGGCGUUGCCCGUGUUGUGGACGCCGCAGAUCAAGGCGCUUUGGGCGCCCGUGAAGCUGCCUUCAUCUAGAAAUGUUGAUUUGGACGUGCACGUGCUGGGCCUCUCGGCGACGUCGAUUGCAUUACGGCGAUUCCGAGAUGACCGCGACGUCGAUCGGAUCCCGCUGGGCUUCUGCGUGGCCGCGGACGGGCUGCGGAUCGAUAUUGCCCCGUGGCGCGGGGACCGGUUGUGAAUGUAAUGUUU